AUGACGGCGGUCAACCCCUUGCACCCCAGUAUAAUCCCGAAACUCGAUCCAGAGUUUGCUGCUUACUGGAAUGCUAAUUCGCAGUAUCAGCUUGGUCCUCAUCAAGUCCCUUGGGACCCGGCCAUUCGCAAGAAUCCUCCCGUUGUUGGAGCAUCGGAGCCGUUAAAAGUUGGCCUCACGAAAGACAUCCGUUUGUCAAAGUUCUUCAUUCGGGUAUGCUGGCCAGAGAACCCAUCUAAGGCGCCAGAGGACGGAUGGCCGGUUUUUCUCUUCUUCCAUGGCGGCGGGUGGACUCUUGGAAGUAUUGAUACGGAGAAUCAUUUCUCAAGCCAUAUGUGCUUAAAGGCCAAUUGCGUAGUUGUUUCCGUGGACUAUCGCCUUGGGCCAGAGGAACCGUACCCCGCCGCAGUUGAAGACGCCAAGGAGGCUUUCCAAUGGGUCCUCGAACAUGGCUGGUCGGACCUCAAAGUGAAUACUGCACGAUUCGCCGUUGGAGGCUCUUCGAGUGGUGCUAAUCUUGCCGCCAUCAUUACUCAUAAAGCCUCCCUCAGUAAACCUCCGAUACCUCUGGCUUUCCAGGUGCUCGUAGUUCCUGUUACGGACAACACAGCCUCUGUAUCAGGUCCCUACGCCUCAUGGCAGGAGAACCGCGAUACUCCGGCCUUGACACCUGAGAAAAUGCAUUGGUUUAGGAACAAUUACAGUCCGAACCCAGAUGAUUGGAAGAAAUGGGACAAUUCUCCCAUUUUCGCUCCCGAAGAGUCGUUUUCUAAAGUUCCUGAUGCAUGGGUUGGGGUAUGUGAGCUUGAUAUCCUUAGAGACGAGGGGAUUGCAUAUGCGGAGAAGCUCGAGAAGGCAGGCCACAAAGUAGAGCUUAAGGUGUACAAGGGCUCGCCGCACCCGAUCAUGGCUAUGGACGGUGAUGUGCUUCAGUCCGGGAGAGAUCUAAUUGCUGAUGCAGCCAAUGCACUUAAGCGAGCAUUUCAUGGCGAUAGCAUAGAGUCGUAA